GGAGAAGGUUGCGUUGUUACGUAGACCUCGUGUUUCGCUAACGUACAAGUACGCAUUGUUCUCCUAUUUUAAUUUAUUAUUUAUUGGUCAAGUGUAAUAGAAUUGUUUUAAGUCGAAGAUGGACAAAGAGAAUGAAGAUGUCAAUAUUAAUCAUAUGACCAGUAGUUUGGGUUCAAUCAAAGAAAGAGGCGAGUCAAAAAAUAGUAUUAUAGAUUAUGUAAGAAUUAAUAACGAGCCCUUGAAAGAAGAUGUGAAGGAAGUGAAAAAGAGAAAACGACAAGCCGAGACCGAAGUCAAGCGAUUAGAAGAAGAGAACUAUAAUCGUCAAAUGCAAGAACUGCAAUACAAGCGAUUGAUGCAUUUAUUGAACAGAAGCAAAUUUUAUGCGUCGUACCUUGUUAAGAAAAUUAGUGGCGAUUCAGAGGAUGAUGGUAAUAAAAUUAAUAGGAUUAAUAAAAAAAAAGCGAUUUCCACCAAAAGCCCUUUACCUCUGGCAAAAGGGGAAAAGAAGAGCUACAGUAAACAGAGUCAUAUAUCGAAAGACGUGCAAGACAAGCUAAAGUCUGUAAAUAUGAUAGCGGACGACAAAGAUGUUCAAGACAAAAUAAUUACAGACUCCGAGAACCAAAAUAGCAAAGCUAAUGACAUCGAUAUAGAAAUACCGAAAUAUUUCAAUGGGAUCUUACGAGACUAUCAGAUCGACGGGUUCCAAUGGCUGAAAGUACUUUACGAGAAUGGUAUAAAUGGUAUUCUAGCGGACGAAAUGGGACUUGGAAAAACAGUACAACUGAUAGCCUUGUUUGCUCAUCUGAUUGAAAAAAGACAAGCCGGGCCUUAUUUAAUAAUUGCACCACUCUCCACUGUACCAAAUUGGUUGAUCGAAUUCGAAAGAUUUGCACCGAAAUUGCCCAUCAUUUUAUUGCACGGUACACCGGAAGAAAGAUACUCGGCGGUAAAAGAAAUUAAACAAAUGCACAGGGUCUCGAAUCAUUACAGUACUCUGCCAAUCGUGCUUACUACCUUCGAGGUACCGUUAACCGAGAAACAGUUUAUUAGAUCUCAGCAUUGGCGAUAUAUAGUAAUCGAUGAAGGGCACAGAAUCAAAAACCCCAACUGUAUGCUCGUCACGAUUUUGAAGACGUGCAAAUCCAUGAAUCGGCUUUUAUUAACUGGCACACCGUUACAGAACAAUUUGUCAGAAUUGUGGUCGCUUUUAAAUUUCUUACUGCCGGAAAUUUUUGACGAUUUAGCUGUAUUUAAAUCGUGGUUCAACGCGAAAGAGCUCGAGUACGACGAAGGAACUAAAAAGUUUUUAAAACAAGAAGAGGAGAAGCACGUGUUAUCGUCAUUGCGCGAGAUACUUCAACCGUUUAUGUUGAGACGCGAAAAAGCGGACGUCUGUUUAGAAGUCCCGCCAAAGAAGGAAUUGAUCGUCUACGCUCCGCUCACGCAACUCCAACACGAUUUGUACAAGGCGGUUUUAAAUCGGGAUAUACAGAAAUUGAGUUUGAUGGACGAGAAACUAAUUAUAGACACGGAAGACGGUAAAAGACCGAAAAGGAAAUGUACUAAAAAAAUUGAUUUUAAUGGGUACUUUGGUAAAAACCACUCUGAAGAUAAUUUGCUUAAAAAAUACGACGAGAGUGCAGUUUCUAAAACGUCUCCGCAAAAAAUGUUUACCGAUGUUCUAGAUAGGAAUCUAAAUUUUAUAAUCAACGUUACACCUAUCAGUAAAAUAAUAAUGUACAAGAAAAUUGUAAAUCACCCGUAUUUAGUUCAUUGCCCGUUGGACGCGUCUGGUCUGCCAAAAGUGGAUAACGAGUUGAUUGCGUCGUCUGGGAAACUUUUAGUGUUGGACGCGAUGCUUGCAAAACUUAAAGAACGGGGACACAAAGUUUUGUUAUUUUCUACCAUGACAAUGAUAUUGGAUGUAAUAGAAGAUUAUCUGUCGUUGCGGGAUUAUAAUUACGUCAGAUUGGACGGAAGUACUCCGCUCGCAGAGAGAAAAGACAGUAUUCAAGAUUUCAAUACAAAUCCUGAUUUAUUUUUGUUUCUUAUAUCUACAAGAGCGGGAGGCAUUGGAUUGAAUCUCGCUGCAGCGGAUACUGUUAUUAUAUAUGACUCCGAUUGGAAUCCACAAGUAGAUAUACAAGCCAUGGCUCGUUGUCACAGAAUAGGACAGAACCGUCCUGUGGUUGUAUAUAAAUUCUGCACGAAAGGGACGAUCGACGAAACAAUUAUUAGUCGCGGUGAAAAGAAACGCUUUUUAGAAAAAGUUGUAAUCUCUAAAAAGAACGAUCCUAUCAAUAUGCAUAAUAAAGAAUCGUUACUGGAAUUAAAGAGAUUGUUGGAAUCAAGAGAAUGUGAAGUAGUUAAAGCUGAAAAUGAAGUUUUCACGAACGAGGAACUCAACAAAUUGCUAGAUAGAAGCGACUUGUACGAAGAACAUAAGAAAUCUUAAAUAUCUUACAUUCCCUUGAAAAGAAUAUAAGGGCUACAUUUU